AUGCGCUGCUGCUGUGACAGCUCCUCCAGUGUGCUACCCUCUCUGUGUGUGUUGCUGCUGCGGCUUCCUAGAACAGAGGGCCCUCGAGCCAAAACACACCCACCCACAUCUCGGCUCACAAGUGACUCCAGCCCCGCCAAACUCGGCCCUGCUCGCCUCGACUUCGGCGAGCUUCGACUUUGCUUGCAUCGCUCUUCUCAUCUCGGCUUCGCGCCUCUCAGCUACUCGAGCUUCGACCUCCGACUUGCUGGCCGCCCCAACGCUUGCCACGAUACCAUGGAGCACAUUGCCAGGGGACGCAGAGACCGCGCUGCACGCUACACGGUGCCGCAUGACCGCCGCCCUGACCGACGAGGAGCGAACGGCACUUCAAGCAGCGGAGCAGGUCGAGAACUUGCGGCAGUCCGAGAUCUGGUUGCGGCUCCUGGAGUUUGCUGCGUAGCCUACCCCCCCCCGCCCAGCGGUCCGCAGGUGUCGCCCUCGAUGCUUCAUCUGCUCAAGCAAGUGUUCAACGUGAUCCUCUUCUUCCACGGCAUGCCGUUCGCGAUACUCGCGAAUUUGGGCCUCGAGGAGCUGGUGCGCGGCAUCAGCAAAGCCGUGGACGAACGGAUUUACACCCACCAAUCUGCAACCGGUGAGCUGAACGUGAGGGGGCCGGUAACUUCGUUGUACUGCGUGGAGAUGGAUUGCAGGGAUUUACCCCUUGCUGAGCGCGCCUUCUUCGGGAAGCUGACGGAGUUGAAGCUGAAGUACCCUGUCGUCCGCACUGAGACCAACGGCCAGAUGACCGAGAUCUUUGAGUGUGACCACCACGACCGAUCCAUGCCUGGUGUGCGGCUGGGGCGUUCACUACAUCCGCAGCAACGAGCUGUACGAUGCGGGCAGCUUGUCGUAGCGCUUUUGGAGUGCUUCGUGCCUGAACCAGUGGAAUCCAAUGAAUUUGCUUCCUUCGAUGUCCGCAGACGACGUUGCGUCGAUUGA